AUGGGGAGGGCAAUAGCAGAUGCUAAAACGUGCUUGGCAUCAUCUUGUAUGAGAACCUUUACGACGCAGGGCGUCUUUGAUUGGGGGGAGCUUCUCUCUGGGCGUUCGACAGCAAAUGUCAAGUCUCUGUACUCCAAGGUGAUUUCAGCUGAAGAAAUAAACCUUAUGCAAGUACCCCCAGAGCUUUUGGAUUUCAUGACCUCACUUACAUUGAAGAACGGGUCGCCGUUCACAACUACCGUGAAGGGGAGCUUUGCUGGAGGAACGAACACAGAUGGAGUGCGAUGGAGCUUUUCUACUCAAGAAAUACCAAUAAAGUGCUUUUCCUUUUACCCGGAGCAAGGGGGUACAUUGGAACCAUAUUCCAGCCAGCCGCUUGAUAUUUCCUACGAAGCUUCUCUGAAGGCUUCUACUGCGCAGUGCCGUCUCACUUUUAAGUGUAGUGAUGCUGAGGGAAUAGCCAACGGCUCUGAAGUGAAAUUCUUGGCAAGACUGCAAGCUUUUAAAACUCAUGGCACUGUGAGAAUCUUUGUGUUUCCUUGGGUAGUUUCGGCAGAAUCAUUUUGCAUCGAUGCGGGAAUCGAACUGCCAUCAAAAACGCGUAUCCUCGAUUUUGGCAAGGUGCAAGCGUACCAAGAAGCUGAGAUACCCUACACUAUCUUCAACAGGGGGAAAUACAGCAUCCAAUUUGAUGUCAACAUCAGUAGCCCAAUGCUUCGAAACUUGCUGACGUUAAGUCCCCAGAGAGGGGACAUCAGGCCAGGGGAACAACGAACGUGUGUUGCACGCCUUAGCUGCACUCAUGAAGUUGAGCUCACAGGCACAGAAGAACUUGCAGUCAGUAUCCAAGAUAGUGAUUCUGGUUGGCAGAUAGAGCCUCCACUCCAGCCACUUCAAGUCAUGGCGCUUGUAGCGUUCAACGAAAUAUCAUUAUCUCCCCCUCGGGGCCUCAAUUUUGGCCCAGUGGAAAGCGGAAAAACAAGCGCAUUGCCUGUCGUGCUGGAGAACAAGGGUCGUUUUACAUUCGAGUGGUUCCUGGCUAACCAGGAUUGCAUUUUCACUGCUCCUGAAGAACCAACACGUGGAGCUGAAGCCGUUCAAAAGGGAGAGAAAUCAAAGCAGGGAAAGCCGCCAAAAUCUCAAGGAAAGACUCCAGAAAAGUUUCCUGGGGCAACAUUUGGGCCUUUUAGGGUAGUCCCCGUUCGCGGCCAACUGGAACCUGGGACAAAAGCGCUUAUCCAAGUCGAAUACAAUGCACAAGGAGAUGAAUCACACUCGCUCAAUCUGGCAUUGUUAGUCAAUGGUGUGAAGGUCGAUCAAGGUGGCAAUGUCUCUGUUAGCUCUAUUGGACCUAUCGCUGCAUUUUUUGCCGAUCCGUUUUCACCAAUAGAUUUUGACGCCUACGGUCCCAUCAAGCCAGCAGCAACUUAUUUCAUUCAAGGCCAAAGCAGCAUUCCAAGCAUAAGUCUCGAACCAGAGCAGCUCUUCCACGAGCAGGAAGUAGUAUCUACGAUGGAUGAGGCAUAUGCAAUCUGGAAGAAACGCAGUGGAACAAUUUUCGUGGAAGAAGAGAACUGUCUGUGUUUUGGACCGGUCAUUUGCGGCCUGCCAGGAUCAACUUCAGGCGUUGUUGAAGCGAUACGGAUAGACAAUCCACAGCUUAUUCCUGCAGAAAUAGUAUUUGAAAUUAAACAGGCCGCUAAAGGGCUUCAUGAGAAAAAUGCAAGUAGAACGUUCUUCAGAUGUUGA